UAGAAUUUACAUAUCGAUAUACGGUUUCUGUGAAGUAAAACGAGCUUUUUGACGUAUAUUACCAAUUCUUUCUUGCUUAUUUGAUAUCCAAACGAUUUUUAGUUUUCCGGCCGCGGUAGAUUUUCAGAAUUCGGUCCAUUAAAUGCCGUGAAAGGUGAAAAGUUUCGAGGAAAGCGUGCAAUACGGUGAAGCACAGCCACCUAGACCGCUCGAAGCGAAACCGCAAUGGUGGCGCGGAAGUAGUUGCCUUUGAGGUGCAGUUUGUUAGUUGGUCAUUCCUUCUUUCAACGACCGGCAAUUGUAUUAAAACGAUGUCGAGGAAUCUCCUGCGGUGAUUCAUGGUGCACGCGUUAAGAUACAGGACUUUAUUAAUUUAGAUUGUAUCCAUCUCAGUACGCAACGGGUCUUCUGAGUAAUCUGUAAUCAAUAUUGAGGUUUCAUUAUGUGAAACCAGCAAAUGUGGAAUAACGAUUUUAGUACCUUCACUGCUCCAAUAAAGUAUAAUUCAAGAAUGUCUUAUCCUGGACAACCUCCCAUGGGGAUUCCAGGCAUGCCUCCGAUGCCAUAUAUGGUUGGCGCUCCUCCACCUAUCAUAGGUGGAGUUAUGCCAAUGGCACAUAUGAUUCCAACACCCAUAUCUGCGAUGCAGACUUCGGCGCCAGCUGUACGUUAUGGACGUAACCAGAAUCGACAUGACAACAACAGACGCCGUGAAAGAGAAUCGGGUCCACCGGUUACAGUGUUCGUCGGUAACAUUAUGGACCGAGCACCAGAUGUUAUGAUCCGUCAUAUCUUGGGUGCAUGUGGACACGUUCUCUCCUGGAAAAGAGUUCAGGCAUUCGGAUUCUGCGAGUAUGCAGGGCCAGAUGCCGGUUUAAGAGCAGUUAGAUUGCUUCAUGACAUGGAAAUUGGCACGAAAAAAUUGGUUGUCAAGGUGGAUGCCAAAACUAAAGUUGUUCUGGACCAAUUUAAAGCGGAGAGACGAAAGAAACUGAGAGGUGGUCAGUCGCCAUUGCAAGAUGAGACUCCCAGUGAAAAUGCCGAGGGAGAAGAAGGCGACGAUUAUAUGGACGAGGGAAUGCGUGUCGUGGAUGCCGACGCCCUUGCCCGAAUCAACCAAAUCAUAGCUGAACAUGCUGCCGAUUUGGAGAACGCUCAAGCUGCACCAGAGGAGCAUCAGACGAAGGUAGUGGCUAAAGCAUUGAAUUUGGACGACGCAGAGAUAGAGGAGAGUAAGCGGGACCUGAUUACUCGGGAAAUUGGCAAGUUCAGGGAAGUCAUGAAGAAACAAGAGGAGGAGAAGGCUCAAGUCAAGCGAAAAAAAGAAGCGGUCGAGAAAGAAGAGCGAGAAAAACGGGAGAAGGAGCGGAAGGAUAAGAAGGACGACGAUGCGAGCAACAAGGAUGAUCAGGAUGGCGAGCCUGGCAGUCCUAUAUCGCACAAAGGCCGCAGUGGUAGCACCGGCAGUAGCAGAAGAGAUAAAAGACGAUCGAAGUCGAGGUCGAAAGAAGGCGAGAGAGACAGAGAUCGUGUACGAAGCGAGAGGGAUAGAGAGCGAGAAAGAGAUCGAGACAGAGACCGCGAGCGAGAUCGAGAUCGGGAUCGAGAUAGAGACCGAGAUCGGGACCGCGAUCGAGAUCGAGAUCGCGACAGAGAGAGGGAGCGCGAGAGAGAAAGGGAGCGGGAUCGGGAACGGGAGAGAGAUCGGGAAAGAGAGCGAGAAAGAGAACGGGAGGAAGCUCGAAAGACCGAAAGGGAGAUUAUGCGAGAGAGGGAGGAAGAAGAGGAGGCGAAGGAGAGAAAGAAGAACGAGAGACGGGCGAGGGAGAAGGAAGCUGUUUAUCAGGAGCGAGUGAGAGCUUGGGAGACCCGCGAGAGGCGGAAACAGAAGGAGUACGAAAAGGAGACGGAAAAGCGCAGAGCCAAGCGAGAAGCGAGGGAAAGGGAAGCAAAGCGCCUAAAAGAGUUCCUAGAAGACUACGAUGACGACCGAGACGACGCUAAGUAUUAUAAGGGCAAGGAAUUAUCGCGACGUCUCGAGGAACGUGCGGUGGAAGCUGAAGCGGAUUCUCGAGAUCGUUGUGCGGAGCGUCAAGAGUUACAACGUCUUCGGGACAAGUUAUAUUCCGAUGCGACACAUCCAGACCCUGCGGCAGAAUUUGAAAGGUUGAAAGCUGAAAGGGAAGAACAGUACAAGCCUAAACCUGUGAUCACCAUUAUUGACGAGGAGGAUGAAAAGCAGUCUAAGAAGGAAAAGGAAGUGCCGAUGCCUCCGAUAGAAACCGAGCCAAUUGAAAGCGACAGCGACGAUGCGGUGCACUAUGAUGAUGCGUCCCAACACGAAACAGCAUCGAGAACACCUCCACGUCAUCAUCAUCACCAUCGUCGACACCAUCGACACCACCAAAAUCACCAUCGGGAUGGUGAUAAAAACGACGAGGUCAACGAAAUUGAUAGGGAGAGCGUAAAGGAGAUGAGAAACUCUCCACCGCCUGUAGCUCCGGCAACGCCUGCUCAAUCGUUGCCUCCGCAUCAUGACGAGGACUCGAGGAUGUCGCUCGUCAGCGAACCUGAAAAAACCACUAGCAGUAACUUCGUCCCGUUUGCCAUGAGUAUUGGUGGUCCACGAGGUGGGGAUCACGCUAUAGGUAAUAAAACACCUGCAAGUCCGAAUGCCGCUCCUAAUUCCAACACUCAACAAUCCAAUCAAGCCAGGAAGAAGGGACGGAUUGACGUUAAAGACGUGUUUAAUAACGACGACGACGACGAUAGUGCCAGUAAUGCGAAAAAACGCAAAUUGGUUCCUCUUGAUUACGGUGAAGAGAAGAAAAAGAAAGGAGGUGAGGAGUCAGGCAAACCCGGAAAGGAGGAGAAUACAAAGAGUCAAGAGGAAAAACGAAAGCAUAUUAAAUCUCUCAUCGAUAAGAUCCCUACGGACAAGAAUGCUCUUUUCGGUUACCAACUCGACUGGGCUAUAAUCGAUAACGCAUUAAUGGAAAAAAGAAUACGGCCGUGGAUCAAUAAAAAGAUUAUUGAAUAUAUCGGGGAACCCGAGCCCACUUUGGUAGACUUCAUUUGCAGCAAAGUCAUGGCUGGCAGUUCCCCUCAGGGUAUUCUUGACGACGUACAAAUGGUCCUGGACGAGGAAGCGGAGGUAUUCGUAGUAAAGAUGUGGAGGUUACUGAUUUACGAAGUGGAAGCAAAGAAAAUGGGCUUAGUCAAAUAAAUGCGACGCUCGUGUCGAUAACUAAUUCGCGAUUCACUUUACACGUGAAGUUCUUAUAUUAAGAUGUAAUUUUAGGUUAUACAGAUAUAAAUACAUGAACUACAUAUGUAUUAUUAGCAGCCAUCAUUGUCAGUUGCUCGUUACAGCGCUGCUGACCCGUCACGAGUGAUCUAUAUGUGUGUAGCAGUUAUAAUGUUAAAUACACUUUGUAAUUACCAUUU